GAAGUGAAUCUGACCCUGUGACUGUACACAAGUUUUGAACGGAGAGGAGACGAGGCGGUGUGGUGACUGACACAGUUUAAAUAGUUUAAUAGCCGCACACCUGUGUGGGUGUGGGUGGCACGGGUGUGUUCUGCAUUGAUGACGGGAAAGAGAGGAAGGUUCACUGCUCGAAGCCGGGUGGUUCCAGAAAUCAAAACAGCAGCAGUAGGGGACAGGAGUGAGCUGUGAGGUCAUGCUGCAGUGCUGGAGACAUGUCCCCCGGGCGGGGACACAGUGGACCUCUAGAGCUGGGGGAGACCGGGGGUUCCUGGAGACAGCACGGACCUCUCGUGUGACGAAGGGCACAGAAAGGCUCUUUGGUUCAAGCAGAGUCUAUCAGGCACAGCCUGUGAAGCGUGAAGCGAGGACAGGCAGCAGCUGGCUGAGGUACAGUGGGAGGCUCUGGGAGAAACGCUUUCCUGUGUGUGUGUCUCAGAACAGGCUCCUCACUUCCAGCUCCAGCUCCCCUUCAGACCCCGUGGAGAUUCACAAACGGAAGCUGGCCCUGUGGUUCAGCCACCUCCCAAACGAGGAGAAGCAGUUUGGGGGUCUCUUCUCCCCGGACUCCAUGCACGUGGAACCCCUGAUCCUGGAGGGAGCCCCGGGGGAGCACGUCAACCCCCUGACCGGGUGGGAGUCCCCCGGCUCGGUACGUCGCUCCCUCGCAGUGGGGGAGCUGUUCGACCCAGACCCGGGGUGGGACCCUGAACAGGGCCAGAACGUGGUUCUGUACGGCGCGGUGGGGACGGGCAAGAGCACAGUGGUCCGGAAGCUGGUUCUGGACUGGUGCUCGGGGUCGACUCUGGCCCAGUUUGAGCUGGUGGUCCCGCUCUCGUGCGAGGACCUUUCUCUGCAGGGCCGGCCCACCUCCCUGCAGGCCCUGGUGGGGAGGUUGUACCGUCACCUCCACCACUCUGCUCAUCUGCAAGGGGACGGCCGGGGUGUGCUCUUCAUCUUCAACGGCAUGGAGAAGAUGAGGCUGAACUUCAGCAUCGCCGCAACAGAGCUCUGCAGCAACCCAGAGGAGCCCCUGCACCCGGGAGGCAUCGCCGUCAACCUGCUGAGGAAGUACCUGCUCCCCGAGGCAAGCAUCCUGGUCACCACCCGCCCCUCUGCCCUGGACAAGAUUCCCAGCAAGUACGUGGACCGCUACGCUGAGAUCUGCGGCUUCACCAACAUCGACCAGCAGAGGGCAUACUUCACCAGCCGGCUCCUGCAGCAGGCGGAGGGCCAGUCUGGCCGCGACGCUCGGGAGCUCUUGGAGAUGCUGUACCUCAACCUGCAGCGCAAGAGCCAGAUCGCGGCUGCCUGCUUCCUGCCGUCCUACUGCUGGCUGACCUGUGCCACCCUGCACUUCCUGCACUUCACCGAUGCCAGGGCACCCAUCCGCACCCUCACGGGCAUCUACACCAGCUUCCUCCGGCUCAACUUCGGGGGGGAGAUCCUGGAGGCGGCCAGGGGCCCGAACCAGCAGAGCAUCUCUCUCAUGCACUAUGUGGCUAAGACCAUGGGCAAGCUGGCCUAUGAGGGGAUUACAUGCAAGAGGACCUCCUUCACUAAAGAGGAGGUGAUGGAGAAGAUCGGCAAGGGGGACGACAGCGAUGAGGAGCUGAGGCAGCUGGCCAUCUUCCGCACCGAUGUUCUGGGCUUUUUCUUGGCCCGCUGUGUGCAGAGCUCUCCCGCGGGCGGGAUGGGGGAGAUCCUCUAUGUGUUCACCGUGCCCGCUAUGCAGGAGUACCUGGCUGCGCUCUACGUGGUGCUGGGGGAGAAGAAGACGGUCCUGGAGAAGCUGGGCAAGGGCGCCUCGGAGGUCAUCGGGCAGGCCAGCGACGACCUGACGACGCUGCUCAACGCGCUCUCCAAGUUCCUGCCGCUGCGGGUCUUUGCCGCCUUCAACCUGCUCAAGAUGUUCCCCAGGCUGUACAGCAGGAUCAGCGGCCACGGCAGUGGCAAGAUCGGCAAGACCAUGGCCAGCGAGAUGUUCAAGAUGGAGGACCAGUUCAACGAGGAUGUGCUGGACCAGGUGGAGCAGAGCGUGCUGGGGGUGCAGGGCCCCACACCCCUGGAGAGGCAGGAGCAGGAAUCCUUCGAGCUGUUCCCCAUCUUUAUGGGGGGCCUGCUGUCACACGGGAACAGGGUGCUACUGGACCAGCUGGGCAUCUCCAUCAGGACCACGGCUGUGGUGCAGAUCACCAGCACGCUCAAGAGGCACCUGCUGCAGAACAGCCAGAAGAAGAUGCCCCCGGAGGAGCUUAUGGACUUCCUGUUCUUCCUCUACGAGUUCCAGAACCAGCGCUUCACAGCAGAGGUGCUGGGCUCCCUCUCCGCCCUCAACCUCUCCAGGGUGCGCAUGACACCCCUCAAGUGCUUCGUGCUGGCCGCCGGGCUUGCCUGCACCCCCCCCAGGCACGUACUGAAAUCGCUGGACCUGUCCUCCUGCAGCCUGACUCCCGAGUCGCUGGACACGCUGCGGCCCGUUCUGCUCCGCUGCAGGACUGUGAAUUUGCAGUGUAACAAUCUCGGUCCCGAGGCCUGCGAUCACCUGAGGAGCCUGCUGAUCGAUAGCGCGUGUGCAGUUCAGUCUCUACAUCUGUGUGAUAACCCGCUGUCUGAGUCGAGUGCCUGCAGCCUGGCCCAGGCCCUGUCGGAGAGUCGCUGUCUGAGGCACCUCUCCCUGAUGAACACGGGCCUGGGGGAUGGGGGCGCUAGAGAGCUGGCCUCGCGGCUGGGGGGCAACCAGGGGCUGGAGGAGAUCAACAUGGCGUACAACUCCAUCGGGGACAACGUGGCACUGCAACUGAUCGACGCCUGCAGAGCAAACCCCACGCUGAACACGAUACACCUGUACCUGAACGAACUGAGCGAGAGCGGGAAGCAUUCCCUGCACAGUCGCGGGCUCGGGUGCAGCGAGAGAGGCAGGGUGAAGGUACUGGCAUCCAUCACGCAGGGGGACGAGCUCUCCGAGGACUGGGAGCUGAUCCUCAACAACAUCCGGAGCCACGCCACCUCCUGGAACCGCGAGCGCAUCCGAGACAACCUGCAGCGCUUCCUGCAGGAGCUGAAGGGUGCCAGGCAACAGAGCCGUUGCCUGGGGAAGAAACUGAGCUUCUGGAGGGUCCAGAGACAGGUGGCAGAGGAGAUCAGGAAACUGGAGAAAGGGACCAGCAGCUAGCAACACAUUGAGCUCUCCAGGGAUCAAGACUUGUAGCUGAUUGGGUCUGUGAAUAUGUACAGCUGUACGUACAAGAAUCUCAAUGCAAGAAGCCAUGCAAACAAAAUACACAGUGAAAUGACCACCCUUGUAUGUGAUCAAAGCUCAGAUGAGCAUGGGACUUCAGCAAGAAUUAUUCCCAAGCAUGUUGUAGUGAAUUGGAAAUUAGGGCUGCUGCACAGUUACUUUUAUAAGGGUUAGGGCAGUGUGCAUUAUGUUUAUUUUAUGUUCUUGUGUUGAUGGUUUGGGUUUUUAUGAGGUACAGCAAUGUGAUUCAUGAGUAUAGUGAUGAUUUAAAAAAAAAAAUAACCUGCGUUUGUAAAUGUAGGCGAAGAGUCUAAUUAACAUUGCCUGUACUGGGAACGCGGUACGGUGAGCAAGGUGUGGUAAGGGAACUGAGGGGCGCUUGUUUUAUGUGUAUGUGGGUGUCAUAUAGUAUUACAUCCAGCAGGUGUCACACCUGAGCUAGCAAUAUAAUGAGGCUGUGUGAGCUCAUUAUAAAACCUGGAUUGGAUCACACUGCAGUGUAACAGGACUCUUAUUUCCAGUCCAAGUGUGGGAGUGUGUCUGUCAGAGAGGUACUAAACCAGCAAUAGCCUGUGUUGGUCUUUCAGAGAUUAUGAUUGAAUAUUCACCUCUCUCUAGUAUUCUGAAUAACAAAGGCUGACCUGAGCUAUAAUAAUGAACAACACAGCGCAAUACUGUAAGCCUCCUAUUGUGUAGCAGUUUUAUCCAUUCUUAAUUACACCUGUGCUUGCCAUUCAUUUAAAUGGGUUCUAAUGUGUGCACUGUAGCUCAUGAAGCUCGCUGUAAAACCUGGAGUGGAUUUCUAUUUAUCUGGGCAAUGGGAGGCUUGUCCCUGUGAGCAAUAAGGAAGCGGAUUCCGUGAGUCGCUUCUCUGGUUCACUUUCCAGCAUCAACCGGGAAGCUCCACUUUGGGGCGCAUGGUAAUGAAAUACAAUACAAGCUGCCUGUGAGUGUAGAGUUCAAAGAGCUUUGUUUCCCAGUCACAGUGCAGCUCUUUCAGCGUGGUACAGUGACUGCCAGGAGGUAAUGCUGCUUGACCUGUCGUGUGCCGUGCAUGAGUCUCAGAUUGAGCUGGUAGCUUGUGUGAGUGCUGAUGGGUUUGUUUUAAAGCCAUGUGCUGCUGAUGAGACUGUAGAGACUUGUCCUGGUUAAACGUAUGCAAUAUUUGUUUCCUGGUCCCUAUGAUAGCAGUAAUAUAGAAGUGGGAAGCUGUCUGGUUUUAAACUGGCAGGGGGCACCCGGUACCGAAACCUGCCACCACGGCUCCUGUUUUGCACUGUGCUGAUUUGCGAUGUGAACCCUGUGUGUGUGUGUGUGUGUGUGUGUGUGUGUGUGUGUUUCAGUUUUCAGACUGGAGCAGCUCAGGUAUGCGCACACAACGUGACGUUUCAUUUAAACUCCUCCUGUGCACGACAGUCUGGUAAAACCAGAGCCCUGUGCAAAGACAGUGAACCUCCCAAUAAAAACUGUGUUCAUUUA